CAACUCGCCGUGUGUUUGUGUUUGGUUCCGACGAAAAUGGCGGACGAACUGGAAAGGGUCCGAAUUUCAGCUGCGGAGCUGCGAGCACAAGCGUCGAGUUUCAACAUACACGGCGAUGAUGUGAAAGACUUGCGAGAGGAGGGUAAGAAGCAACGUCAGCGAGACAGUAAACGCCCAGAUUUGCAGUUGUACAAGCCUGGGGUUGGCCAUCCAAACAGGCGUAUGGACAGUGUAGAAGGAGCCGGUUCAGAUACUUUGAUUCAACCCGAUGGUUUUGGUAAUGACCCCAAAAUGUCAGACGAGUCUCCUACUAGUCCUGGAUGCUCUUACAUGCCUGGCACAGGCAAUGAAGACUAUCUAAAUGACCACAGUAAACCAGAAACCAAUCAUAAAACUGAUGGACAUAUAGGUGGUGAUAAACACAAACUAGUGGAUGAAAAUGCUGUUAAAAUCAUUGAAAGAGCUGGUACGCCCAAAUCCCCGAAGCAGUCACGAAAAAUGCGCAAACCUGAUCGUCAGAUAUAUCAACCAGGCGGGAGAAGAUCUCAGGGAAACAAAGAGGUCGGGGCAAGCAAAGAAUUAGACAGGGAUCGAAGUAGAGAGGAAGAAGUGGAUGGGAAAUCUAUUGAAACACCAUUAAAGUGUGAGAAAGAGGAAAAGCGUAAAAACAGGCGAGGUAAAAAUGACCGGAAAAAGCAAGCAAGUGUAGAAACUCCCUCUGCAAACAAAACUGAGAACGCUGUUGAGAAUAUCAGCAAUAAAGUCAGCAAUCUUCAUUUAGAGACUGUGGAAAGUAAAGACAGAGAUAGGCAGGAUGAUACAAACCAGAUUAAACAUUCUGAAGAAGGCCGAAAAAUCCAGACAGGAGGAGCAAAUCGAGGAAUGGGAGAAGACAAAAAAAAGGAGAGAGGUAAUGGGAAAUCCAGACCUGGAAAAGAGAAAGGUAACAAUCAGGUUUUUGACAAGAAAGAGGAAGGGGAGGCAGGGGGAAAAGCCUCAGAAGCCCCUCAUCUUGAAGGAAGAAAGCAGAGAAAUUUCGGAGCCAAAGAGGCAAGUCGUGACCAGAAUUUGAACCACGAAAAACAACAAGGGAACCGGCCAAAAGAGAAAGGAAAACCAUCUGAGCGAACUGAUUCAAAGCGAGUUAACGCUGCUUCAAAGCGAUACUCUCAAUCAGACAUCCGGCGGCCUCGAAACCGCACCUACAGCACCAGUUCGGCCAGUAGCGGGACCAGUAUGGAUGGUCUUGCUGAAGCCGAGAGAUUGAAAGCAGAAGGUCAGCAGUUUUCUGCACGCACUUUAGAGAGAGCCACGGGACAGAGGGAGUUCGUCCGAGGAGGUCAAACCCGCUCCAGGAGACGCACGGCCCGUACCUUGUCUUCCACAGAUUCGCUCGAGGAAAACGAGGUGUGGGAGCGAGAAGGCAGAAGAAGCAGAGCUGCUGAAGAAGCCAAGAGCAGCACUCGGAAGGAAGGAGGGAUCUUAAGAGUGUCUUUAGACAAGCGUGAGGAGCAAGCAAGCCGUAAAAGCACUAGAGGUCGUGGUAGAGGCAUCCUGGUGCUUCCUGCCCACACCGACCUAACACAGACCCCUGAUCCUGCACCUCCACUUGGAGGAAUGAGAGGAGGAAUGGGCCUGGGCAGAGGAAGAGGCGGCCGUGGAGGAGGGACCAGACGUCUGUGGGACCCAAAUAACCCAGAUAAGAAACCAGCACUGGUGUCAAGCCAACAAUCCCAGCAUGCAUCUCAACACCAGGCUUUGUAUUUACAGCAGGGUGGAUGUGGGCCGCUACACUUUCUUGACACUGAUGACGAAACCGUAGGAAGUCCGCCAGUCCGCCAGGGGGAGUUCUUUCAAAAUCAGCAGGCUGCAGCUAUGGCGUACUACAAGUUCCAGAAUUCGGACAAUCCCUACUGCUAUCCUGUGUCAGCCAAUUCCCCAAACACCCCGCCAAGAUAUCCAUACCCGUAUCAGAUUCCCUACCAAAUACCAGGCUCUAAUGGGAUGUAUCCCGCCUCUGCUAUGACAUCUUUUUAUGGACCCUACGGACAGGGUGGGCCAGGUUACCCUUCUCCGACGGUAUCUGCUUUGACUCCAGAGGAGGCGGAGGUGCAGACCAGAGGAGAGCUGGGGAAGUUUCUUCGGCUGGCUGACAGUCAGGAACUCCAGCUCAGUAACUUGCUGUCGCGUGAACGUCUGAGCCAGGAGGGCCUGGAGAGGAUGGCCCAGCUCAGGGCUGAGCUCCUGACAAUAUACGAGCGGGUGAUUUUGACAGACAUUGAGUUCUCUGACUCUCAGAACGUGGAUCAGACUCUAUGGAAGAAUGUGUUUUACCAGGUGAUAGAGAGGUUCAGGCAGCUGCUGAAGGAUCAAAACUCAGACACAGCCCCACAGAUUAAAACCAUGCUAAUGACCAUUCUGGAAGAGGGGGCAGUAUUCUUUGAUUCGCUGCUGCAGAAGUUGCAGUCUGUGUUUCAGUUCAAGCUGCAGGACUAUAUGGACUGCAUGGCUAUACGAGCAAGACCUCUGCGCAAGACGGUGAAGUAUGCUCUGAUCAGUGCUCAGCGCUGCAUGAUCUGCCAAGGGGAUAUCGCACGGUAUCGAGAACAGGCUAGUGAAUCCGCUAACUACGGGAAGGCACGCAGUUGGUAUCUAAAAGCUCAACAGAUUGCUCCAAAAAAUGGACGGCCCUACAACCAGCUGGCCCUGUUAGCAGUGUACACGAAGCGAAAGCUGGAUGCUGUAUACUAUUACAUGCGCAGUCUUGCUGCCAGUAAUCCGAUCCUUACAGCCAAGGAGAGUCUGAUGAGUCUGUUUGAGGAAGCCAAACGCAAGGCUGACCAAGUAGAGCGUAGGCUAAAGCAGGAUUCAGAUGGAAGUGCUCAUGGUCCUAAAGGCCACACUGGUGGGCGCCGAGGUGAAGAUGCAGCCCGCGUUGAGAUCUGGAUCCGUCCAAGCGAGGUUUCAGGCACGUCUCGUCCAACGGGCAGUGAGUCGGGAAAAGACUCUGAGCAGGACGGAGAGUUGGGGGCUUUGAGUGCAAGUGAUCUCAAUAAGAGAUUUAUUUUGAGUUUUCUGCACGCUCAUGGAAAGCUCUUCACAAAAGUCGGGAUGGAGAGUUUCCCUGCUGUAGCCAAUCGAGUGUUACUGGAGUUUCGCGCCCUCCUCCAGCAUAGCCCCUCCCCCCUCGGGAGCACACGCAUGCUGCAGAUCAUCACCAUUAACAUGUUCACCAUCUAUAACGCACAGAUCAGAGCCAAAGGACAGGGUGAAACUCGGUCUGCAUUAGAAGAGCAGGCCAUAUCUCUGGGUUUAGCUAUGUUUGGUCUCCUUGUCCAGCGCUGUACUGAACUCCUGAAGGAAACACCUACUGAGCCGAUCCCUGCCGAAGAGCUGGGGGAAUUUGAUGAGAUGGAUGAUGAGGAAGGGAUGGUGCGAGUGUCUGUCUUCCCUCACGACCUCCGAGAGCUGCUGCCUAGCAUGAAGGUCUGGUCCGACUGGAUGCUCGGACACCCGGAAAAGUGGAACCCUCCUCCAUGCAGCAUGCAGGGGAGUCCAGACGUGUGGCAGUGUCUUGCGGAUUUGUGCAACUCUUUCUCUCGUGUGUAUCAUGGGGAGGUCCUGCUGUAUAAAGCGGAUGCAGAUGGAGAAGGAGAUGAGGAGCUCAGAGUCCUGCAGCUGGAGGAAGACAAAAUGCUGUCUGGGUUUGUUCCGCUGCUCGCUGCCCCACAGGACGCCUGCUAUACAGACCAGGGAACAGAUGCGGCUAUAGCCGCUGACUGUAAGCGAGUGACCGUUCUCAAGUACUUCCUGGAAGCUCUGUGUGGGCAGGAAGAGCCUCUGCUGGCUUUCAAAGGAGGAAAAUACAUUUCCAUGGCAGCACCUCUUACACCCAGCAUAAACACAGAGAACAAGGCGCAGGAGCAGGAGGAUGAUGUGAUCGUGGAGGAGUCAUCUCUGUCUGCGUCAGAAGGAGAGAUUGAUGGAGAGAUGGAGGGAGAUGGAAGUGAGGAUGAUAUCAGAGAGCUGAGGGCACGACGCCACGCUUUAGCACACAAGCUGGCACAGCAGCAGAAGCGCAGGGACAAGAUACAGGCUGUUCUGCAAACAGGCGGUCAGCUGGAGAUCGAGGUCAGACCCUUCUAUCUUGUUCCUGACACAAACGGCUUCAUUGAUCAUCUGGAGGGCCUGAGGAAGCUUCUGGCCUGCGGGACGUACAUCCUGGUGGUUCCCCUUAUUGUGAUCACGGAGCUGGACGGUCUGGCUAAAGGACAGGACAGUCGCGAGGGCGUUGGGAACGGUGCUCAUGCCCGUCAGGUGCAGGACAGAGCCCGAGCGGCUGUCAUGUUUCUGGAGAAAGCCUUCGAGUCCAGAGACCCAAGUAUCAGAGCGCUGACCAGCAGAGGAAACACACUGGAGUCUAUCGCCUUCCGCAGCGAAGACACGUCUGGACAGAAGGGGAACAACGAUGACGUGAUCCUGUCCUGCUGUCUGCACUACUGUCAGGACAAAGCCAAGGACUUCAUGCCUGCUGAGAGAAAUGGUCCGGUGCGGUUGCGUCGUGAGGUGGUCCUGCUCACAGACGACAGAAAUCUCCGCGUCAAAGCUCUGACCCGCAACGUUCCCGUCAGAGACAUUCCCGCCUUCCUGAUCUGGGCUAAAGUAGGCUGAAGCGCAAGCCUGAGCCACCGCUGAGAAACCAGUCAUCCUGCGCCACAACAGCCGGAGAUGAGCAAACACACAGAGAGGAUCAACACACAGGGGAAAGACUGCCAGUCAGUCCAAAAAGUGAGACACACAUCAAGCCACUUUUCAAAGAACAAGGAUUUUCCCCUUAAACGCAGCGUGCAUAGACAACCGCUUACUCCUGAGGGUGAGACGCACACGUAGCUGAUUCAAGCGAGAGAACGAGGAAGCAGCGUCGGCUCUUCUGCUGUUUGGAGUGUGUGUGAGUGAGUGUGGCGUCGCGAGCAGGCGGAUGCAGUCUGAAGGGCCUGUAUUGAGGUGAGUGCUCCAGUAGGGGGCGACAGACAGUCUCAUGUUCAUCUUUCAGGCCCACAGAGGCUCUGAUCUUUGCGUUUUUAUUUUUUCAUUGCCUCGGUGCAUGCUUGGUUUGAGCUAAGCAUGAUUGUUUUAAAGCUCUUUAUUUGCGUAUUUCAGUUUGCCUUGUGUCAGAUUGUUGGUUUUGCGGUUUAAUCGCCUCAUUUUGUGUCAAGGAAUAAUUGUGUAAUCAAUCUGUCGUCACACUAGAUGAAUCAACUCUGGGGGUUUUUUUAAUAAAUAAAAUAACUUGACACGUUGCUCAAAAAUCAUCACAACAUCAAUCUUUAGUUCAUUUAGUUUGCUGAAUAUUGAAAACACAUGAACAAUUUGUGUGCUGUAAACAUACAGUCAUCGAAAUAAUCAAGGAUAAACAAACAAUGGAUGCAGUUUGGUAAACAUAUAUUAGGAAAAAAAACACCAUGUUAUCUUGUUCAUAGUUCAACGUCUUGAAAUAUCUAUUUUUUUUUUUUCUGUACAACUCGACUAGUUUGUGUUUUGGCUUUUAGUGUGGUUAUUUUCCAGUUAUAAAGCUGAAUAUUGUAGUUGUAAUGCCACGUCAGCUUGUUUUAAUGGUCAGCCUCAGCUUUCUGUCGUGUGAUCAGAAGAGGCCAGCAUCUGAAGAAUAACAACUCACCUCUGAUUACACGUCUUCCUCAUUUGUUUUUAAUGUUGUGGAUUAAAUUAAUCUGAGUUAAGAGUUUGUUGUGUUUCUGCUCGAGUCAACAUGACAUUGGAAAAUCGAUUCAUCCCAUUUAUAUUCUGGGUCAUACAGUUCAUUAAAUACCCAAGACUUCAUUUUAUAAUGCAUACAUUGUUAAAUCUGCAAAGUACAAACAAUGAAUUGAAUUAGACAUGGCAAAAUCUGUGCAAACUGUUCAGACUUCAGAAACAUCUUUAAAUAUAACAUCAUAAACCAAACUGGCCUGCAGGGUAAGUACAAAAUAAAACACUGAAAAACUGUACACUUUUCUACAAAAAAAGCUCCUCUAUAUAUGUUUGGUAUUGAAAUUCCAGUAAUACAUUACAUAUUCAUGAGAGUUGUGAUUGAUUAGUGAGUUCCUUGAUAUUAAAAUGAUUAUUUUUGGCAUAAUCCUGUUGAUAAAGACAAUCAUGUCCUCAUAUGAGCACCAGCAGAUGCAGCAGUCAUUAUUCUCAACACAUGGCAGAAUGAUGUUAUGGUUACAUCAGCUCAAGUCUUCAUUAAAGAGACAGUUCACACACAAUUGUUAAAAAAAACAAUCAAUAUUCUGCAGGUCUUCAUGGUCAAGUUCAAUUUUGUUUACAUAUUUAACAGACCCCCUAGUUUUUUUUUUUACAAUUUGUUUGUGAUUUUUGCGAUUAAAAUGACUAAUUUUGUGGUGGUCAUUUCCAGAAAUUUAAAUUUAUAAAAAAUGUAUCACAUUCAGUAGCCUACUAUGCACAAGUCAUAGAAAUAAAGCUUCUUUAUUUUGGUCUCUUGUCAAAACAAGAUCUAAAAUGUGAGGAAUUAAGCCAAAGGAAGGUUAGCGAUUUUAUUUUUACCCACAAUCUUGACAUCAUGUACCUCACACAUAAGACAUGCGUUUGGACUUCCCUUACUUUAAUAAAAAUAGAAAAUAUUGCUAUCAAACUUAUGGUACAAGGAAAGAGUCAAAUGAACGCAAUUAUUGUUUUGAAGCACAUUAUAUUAGGCUGCCAGCCAUACAUAAGGGGCAGGUGAGACACCAUUUGGGACGCGCGAUUUCCGAGAGAUCAUUUGUUUUUAAGCCUCCGGCAGUCUCCCGCAUAUGCAUAGAUUCCCAGGAGACAUGGAAUUUCUGCAAAUACAUCACGAGCUCUGCGUAUGCAACAUCUAUAAAUCAUGUAAAGCAAUUAAUUGCAAACUGAAAUAAUUAUAGUAUCUAUAUGGGUUAGAAUUGGAUGUUUUAUGACAUUUAAACUUUUUUUUUUUAAUUAUUAUUUUCCGCUUAAAAAUUGUGACUUGAUUUUUGUGUUGGAUUUAGCGAUCGCAAACAAACUAGAGGGUCUGAUUAAAAAGUGGCUCAUGUCCAAUAUCUGCAUGUACACUAGUACACGCACCAAAGAUGCAUUAAACUGUAUGAGGAAAAAAA